AUGAAUGAGAAACAAUCUCCAGUCUGUCCCACGCUGUCACACGACGAUCAGUUUUACUACAUCCUUGAUGCAUCCAAAGGAUUCUACCCUGUCACAUUGACACAAUGGGAGGGACUUCAGGAUAUUGACGUCACAUUGGAAUGCAACAUCGAAAACCGUGCUGGAGACACGCUUAAACUCACCCCUGGGCCUUGCAUUAUUACCUGUAGUGUGUCAGAAUGUGACGAAGAGUUUAAGUAUACCAUAACGGUUAUUGAUAAGACUUCUUGCAACGUCCCUGCUGAAGUCGCAAAUGGCCAGGUGGACGGAGCUUCAACCGUCGUCCCCGUCGGCACUGAGGUUACUGUCAGUUGCAACACGAAUUACGCACCGUCGGGAGGACCUGGUGUAUGUACAAGAAGUGAAGUCUUCGCUGAUAACCAAGGCGGGAGCACGGAAGUGGGUACCGAUGAGCCGAGUGUGGUCGGACUUGCAGAAUGUAACGAACUCAAAUGUGGAAAGCCCGCAGAGGGCACGAACACAGUAGAAGUUUCCAUCACUGAAGGGGCAUUAAAUGAAGAUUUCUUCUACGAGUGCCUUCCUAACUAUAUUGCGGAUGGAUCAUUAGCAGCGUGGUGCAAGUUGAAUGCAAAUGAUGAAGCUGAAUGGAUCCCAUCGCCUGCUCCUUCAUGCAGUGAAAUCACAUGCAGCAAUCCCCCAUCUGUUGAAAACGCAGACCUUGAUUCCACUCCAGCAGGAACAAUUGGUGAAGUUUUAAGUUAUUCGUGUAACGAUGGCUUCAUUCCGGACGGUGACUUGUCUACGACCUGUAAUCGUGAUGAUGGAGGAGACACAGCAAGCUAUUCUUCUGUGCCAGGCAAAUGCGUCGAACCCACAUGCAGCAAUCCCCCAUCUGUUGAAAACGCAGACCUUGAUUCCACUCCAGCAGGAACAAUUGGUGAAGUUUUAAGUUAUUCGUGUAACGAUGGCUUCAUUUCGGACGGUGACUUGUCUACGACCUGUAAUCGUGAUGAUGGAGGAGACACAGCAAGCUAUUCUUCUGUGCCAGGCAAAUGCGUCGAACCCACAUGCAGCAAUCCCCCAUCUGUUGAAAACGCAGACCUUGAUUCCACUCCAGCAGGAACAAUUGGUGAAGUUUUAAGUUAUUCGUGUAACGAUGGCUUCAUUCCGGACGGUGACUUGUCUACGACCUGUAAUCGUGAUGAUGGAGGAGACACAGCAAGCUAUUCUUCUGUGCCAGGCAAAUGCGUCGAACCCACAUGCAGCAAUCCCCCAUCUGUUGAAAACGCAGCCCUUGAUUCCACUCUAGCAGGAACAAUUGGUGAAGUUUUAAGUUAUUCGUGUAACGAUGGCUUCAUUCCGGACGGUGACUUGUCUACGACCUGUAAUCGUGAUGAUGGAGGAGACACAGCAAGCUAUUCUUCUGUGCCAGGCAAAUGCGUCGAACCCACAUGCAGCAAUCCCCCAUCUGUUGAAAACGCAGCCCUUGAUUCCACUCCAGCAGGAACAAUUGGUGAAGUUUUAAGUUAUUCGUGUAACGAUGGCUUCAUUCCGGACGGUGACUUGACUACGACCUGUAAUCGUGAUGAUGGAGGAGACACAGCAAGCUAUUCUUCUGUGCCAGGCAAAUGCGUCGAACCCACAUGCAGCAAUCCCCCAUCUGUUGAAAACGCAGCCCUUGAUUCCACUCCAGCAGGAACAAUUGGUGAAGUUUUAAGUUAUUCGUGUAACGAUGGCUUCAUUCCGGACGGUGACUUGACUACGACCUGUAAUCGUGAUGAUGGAGGAGACACAGCAAGCUAUUCUUCUGUGCCAGGCAAAUGCGUCGAACCCACAUGCAGCAAUCCCCCAUCUGUUGAAAACGCAGCCCUUGAUUCCACUCCAGCAGGAACAAUUGGUGAAGUUUUAAGUUAUUCGUGUAACGAUGGCUUCAUUCCAGACGGUGACUUGACUACGACCUGUAAUCGUGAUGAUGGAGGAGACACAGCAAGCUAUUCUUCUGUGCCAGGCAAAUGCGUCGAACCCACAUGCAGCAAUCCCCCAUCUGUUGAAAACGCAGCCCUUGAUUCCACUCCAGCAGGAACAAUUGGUGAAGUUUUAAGUUAUUCGUGUAACGAUGGCUUCAUUCCGGACGGUGACUUGACUACGACCUGUAAUCGUGAUGAUGGAGGAGACACAGCAAGCUAUUCUUCUGUGCCAGGCAAAUGCGUCGAACCCACAUGCAGCAAUCCCCCAUCUGUUGAAAACGCAGCCCUUGAUUCCACUCCAGCAGGAACAAUUGGUGAAGUUUUAAGUUAUUCGUGUAACGAUGGCUUCAUUCCAGACGGUGACUUGACUACGACCUGUAAUCGUGAUGAUGGAGGAGACACAGCAAGCUAUUCUUCUGUGCCAGGCAAAUGCGUCGAACCCACAUGCAGCAAUCCCCCAUCUGUUGAAAACGCAGCCCUUGAUUCCACUCCAGCAGGAACAAUUGGUGAAGUUUUAAGUUAUUCGUGUAACGAUGGCUUCAUUCCGGACGGUGACUUGACUACGACCUGUAAUCGUGAUGAUGGAGGAGACACAGCAAGCUAUUCUUCUGUGCCAGGCAAAUGCGUCGAACCCACAUGCAGCAAUCCCCCAUCUGUUGAAAACGCAGACCUUGAUUCCACUCCAGCAGGAACAAUUGGUGAAGUUUUAAGUUAUUCGUGUAACGAUGGCUUCAUUCCGGACGGUGACUUGACUACGACCUGUAAUCGUGAUGAUGGAGGAGACACAGCAAGCUAUUCUUCUGUGCCAGGCAAAUGCGUCGAACCCACAUGCAGCAAUCCCCCAUCUGUUGAAAACGCAGCCCUUGAUUCCACUCCAGCAGGAACAAUUGGUGAAGUUUUAAGUUAUUCGUGUAACGAUGGCUUCAUUCCGGACGGUGACUUGACUACGACCUGUAAUCGUGAUGAUGGAGGAGACACAGCAAGCUAUUCUUCUGUGCCAGGCAAAUGCGUCGAGCCUGAGCCUGAGGUCGUGUGUCCAGAAGGUUUUACCUUCCUAGCGGAUAGGGAAACCGGACAAUGUGUCAAAUACCAACCUGAUAAUCUACCUUGGGAAAUGCACGCAAGACUAUGCAAACAAAGUGGUGGGAGGCUUGUGGUCCCUGUGUCAGGAGCAGAUCUCAAAGCUGUAUUAGUGUACCAAGCUACUCAGACCAAGGAGGUUGUGUGGUAUGGGCCUCAAGCCCUUGCUGGAGAUGGAGUUUUCAGAGAUUUCGACUACCAACGCCUUGUAUACAGCAACUUUGGAGAAAGUGGAAGUGGUAACUGCGCGUAUGUGCAGUUGGAUCGCAGUUUGUAUGUCAGAGAUUGCUGCUGGAACGCCCGCCCAGCCAUGUGUGCAAUCGAUCUUCCCGGUCCCAAGGAAUGUCAAGAGGCGGGCGGAUACGAGCUUUCCAACGGCCGAUGCUACCGACUGAUUGAUAACGAAGGUUCAUUCGAAGAACAAUGUAGAAGUUGUCAUCGAUUGAAUGGCCAGCUUGCACCAGCUUUAGAUGAAAAACAGAACGCAGCUCUGACGAACUUUUUCCUGAGCAAGCUAUCAGGCGGCGACAUCUUCGAAGCUUGGAUCGGCAUGCACAACAUGGUUGAUGAGAACAGUCUCCAGAGCGUCGAUCUCCGCUCUUCCUCAUUCACUGCUUAUGCUCCAUCUGCGGAUUCAGCGAGUGGCAGGUGCGUUACCGUCGGAAGAGAAGGAUGGGGGAAGAAGUGUUGUUUUGAUCGACUUAGAGCUGUGUGCGAACUGAACCUUUGCGACAAGGGCUAUGUCCAGGUCGGGAACAACUGUUACAGGGUAGUCGGAUCGACUAAUGGAGGAAGUACCUGGGAGGAUAAUUGUCGCACAUGUCACAGGGAUGGGGCUAGCUUGGUGUCCUUCUCCCAGGCGAGUGAUGUAGGUGACUUCCUCGGGUACUUAGGUGGCCUUGCCGGUGAUUACGUCGGUGGCAGUGAUUUGUGGAUCGGAUGUCAUGACCAGGCCACCGAGGGUGCAUUCCAGACGAGCAGUCUUCAGGAAUUCUUGUUCUUUGGUGGGGUGUCAAGGCCAUCUAGCAACGCAGACGGGGAGGAUUGCUGUGCCCUUAAUGAGCAUGGCGUGUCCGCUCAGUGCUGCUAUUCUUGCCUUAGAGGAGUGUGCUCCAAACCACUCAAUAAGUAAUGGAAUGGUGAAUAGCUGGCAUUUGACACGACUGACUACUGGUGUGCAGGCCUAUUCUACUUAACUUUUCUAUGGACUCUCAUCUUCCUUCAUUUUCAAAAACCACAAUCGAUCUGACCGUUAUUGACUCAGAGUUCAGCCAUCUGACCUGCUAUAUGUGACCUUUGACCUCAAAGGGUCAACUCGUAAUUCAAAUUCUUUGAUCGCAAGUGAUAAUGACAUCCAUGCCUGGAUCUUGUCCGUUGGACGGUCUUGUAUUACUUAGGAGUAUCAUAAUAAUGGUGAAGAUAAUGAUUAUUCUAUUCAGUAUUUUGUGCAAACAUCAAGUUUCUCUAAGAUUGUAUUAGAUUAACUGGGUAUAGUGCAAUAGUGGAAAUAAAAUAAGUAUUAUCAAGUCUGUUUUAACUGAAAUGCAUUCUCUUUGUGUGUAGUAGUCUUAACUGUCAUUUCUGAAGCCUGUUUAAGCAUAUUUACUACAGUGCAAUGUCUUGACUGUAAAAUCAUUCCAUAGCAUUUUCCACUUUCUUGAAUAUUUAUGGUAGAAUAUGCUUUUAUUUCACCAUGUCUACAUUCCUCCUAUAAUUGAAUUCAGUCCAGUUAAUCAUGCAAGUUGCAAACUAUUACAUUGGUCGACCCUUCUUUUUUUUUAAUUAAAGCUAAUGUGUGUCAGGGUCGGAUGUGGGACUUAUUAAAAUGUUGCCCCCCCCCCCCCCAGAUCCAUUCCCAAUCAUAAGUUCGUAUUGAUGACACCUGUCUCAGUAUGAACGAGAUGGUCAAACUCCUUAUGAAGUUGAAUAAAACAUGAAAUUGGGGCAUCCCAUAUACUUUCAUUACGAUAAUCAUCAUUAUUAUGAUAACCAUCACUGUGAUAAUCGUCAGUAUUCCUGAUGUUUAUUGUCUUCCCCAGCGAGGGCGAUAUUCCAUCCUGGUAGUAAUAUUUACUUCAGAUUUACAAAAUAUCUCGCCAGUUGAGCGACACAAAAUCGUAAAGGAAGAAACUAUAGGCAUAAAUGAUAAUUUUAUUUGAAUCCAAAACUAUAUGUAUCAUUUUACAUGGAACGUAAAGAAAAUGUGUUUUCUUAAUAGCAGGCCCUCAAUGUAAAGAAAUUUGUGUUCUUUUAUUCUACAACUAUUCUGUAAUUCUGCCUAUUUUUUCCUGUGCAUGGUCAGCUCAAUGUGUCUACUAGUGGGAGUUUCAAUCCGUUCUUUUGUGUAUAAUACUUUCGUCCGCAUUUAAAGUUGAUACAAGACAGGGUCUUCAUUCUCUGUGUAAUAAAAACAAAAUUGUCCUUUCCUUUAUUUUCAGUGAUUGAAACAUUGCUCCCACUAAUCAAAUGUCAAGCAUGAAUACAUUGGUCCACGAGAUCAACCCUAAGAAAAAAAAACCCAAAACAUCAAGAGUCUGUAAUGUGUGUGUUGGGAAUUUAACAAUCCCAUUUCCGACACUGUGUAAUGUGUCCGGCUAAGUAGACAUCUGAUAAGGACAUAACGAGGUGGUCAUGAUCUUAGCCAUGUUGUGAAUAUGUCUGCCAAUAGCUGACGCUAUAUUAUUACAGAGCCCUUUUGUUUAUUGCCUCGAGCAACAGUUCCUACGUGAAAUUUUCACUAGUCUUGGCUGGACCGGAUUUUGUUUAUUCCAUUGGAGGUGUUGCUUCCAUGACAAACCACAACAUUUUAGCAAAAAAGGAGAAAUACCGAAAAUCGUACAGCUGGAACUUUGGGCAGAGAAAUCGUGUUUUUACAUUAAAGACAUCAUAUCAACAUUUCUCCCUUGAACAUCAAGUCGAUUGUUAUGCUGUUAGUAUGAUUCAGAUUUGAGGCUGUAAUAUUUGUCAGUGCUUAAAAAAAGUUUAACAGCUCUAAGGUCAUCCUUUCACCUCAAUUCAACCGUUGAAUAUAUUAUCAUAAUGAAGAGUUCAUAUAUUGUUUAUCCUUCGGGAUCGUACUAUUCCCCUUCCAUUCUUUCAUUAAACAUUUAAAAAUACAUUCAUGUAGUAGUGCAACUAAGAUAGUUUAGGCGAGGUAUUUACCAUUAAAGGUUUUAAUUCGAAUCGUGAGAUAAUCGAUAUAUUCAUAUAGUGUCUGCAAGGGUAGGGCUGUAUAUUUUUUUCUGCUGCGAUGUCUGCUUCAAAUGUCAAACCCUCACAUUUAUCAAUGACUUAUGGCUUUAUGAACGUGCAAUAAACUUCAAUUCUUGAUGUUACAAA